AUAAGUUUGAGAGAAUGACCAAGAAGGCGGAAAUCUUCUACAAAGGUCAGACGUUUGUUUUCUACCUUUUCUCGCUGAUGCCACACGAGCAGCGCUGGAAAAGAAUACUCAAUGAGAUCAACUUCUUUCACGUCGUGGGCUUCUGGGUGCUGCUGUUCGAUCUUCUGCUGGUGCUGCACGUGCUGGCCAAUCUGAACAACAUGUUCGAGAUAGUCAGGUCCAUCUUUGUGCUGGCAACCAGCGUGGGACAUACCGCCAAGAUGAUAUCCAUCAAGAGGAGUAAUGUGGCGCUUCUGCAGCUGUUCGAACGCCUGGACGCUGAGGACUUUCGUCCUGAGGGACCGGAGGAGUGCGCCAUAUAUGCAGCAGCCUGCGAGACGACCCGCAAAACGCGAGAUUACUAUGCGGCCCUGUCACUUUCAGCCCUGGCAAUGGUACUCAUCCCACAGUUCGUGGUCGACUGGUCGCAGCUGCCGGUGGGCACCUACAAUCCAUUCGAUAAUCCGGGCUCGGCCGGAUACUAUCUCCUGUACUGCUAUCAGUGCCUGGCGCUCACCACCGCCUGCCUUAUGAACAUCAGUUUCGACUCCCUGUGCUGCUCGCUCUUCAUAUUCCUCAAUUGCCAGCUGGACAUCUUGGGCCUGCGACUACAGCACCUGGGCGAGGCCACGCAGAACAUUGAUGGGCAACUGAAGCAAUGCAUCCGGUACCACAUGGCGAUCGUGGACUUGGCGGAGACCAUCGAGCGUCUGCUUUGCAGCCCGAUAUCUAUCCAGAUAUUCUGCUCGGUGCUGGUGCUGACCGCCAACUUCUAUGCCAUUGCCAUGUUGUCCGAUGAAAAGCUGGCGCUGCUCAAGUUUGUCAUCUAUCAGACUUGCAUGCUGAUUCAGAUCUUCAUGCUGUGCUACUUUGCGGGCGAGGUCACCCACUGCAGUGUUGGGCUGCCCCAUCGGCUGUACGACACGAAUUGGGUGGACUGGAAUCGCACCGAGCGCCGCAAUGCGCUGCUUUUCAUGCAACGUCUCCACUACGACCUGAGGAUUAGGACCAUUAACCCCAGUCGAGCCUUCGAUUUGGCUCUCUUUAGUUCGAUUGUCAACUGUUCUUACAGCUACUUCGCCCUACUGAAGCGGGUUAACAGUUAGAUUUGGAUGUUUUAAUUGGAUUUAAUUAGAAAUGCUUCGUAAUUCCCAUAAUUUAGAAAUAAUAUUAAAUGUUACCGGGCAGUU